AAACAUCAAUGGGAAGAUUCAAAACCAACAAUACCAAGUGAGUAAAUAUAUAGAAUUAAUAAUUUGCCGCUACUAUCAAUCUUUCAGUUUAUUUAACUCUUUAGCAUGUUCUAUCGUUAUUUUUAGGAUUAAACCAAUUUUCGUCUACUUUUCAGUAUUAUUUUGUUUAGUUUGUUUAAGUGAUGCUUUUUAUAAUCUGUACGAAAUUCUUGUUGUUUCUUUUAAAAUAUUCAUGCUAAUUUACUUAGGUUAAAUCUCUUAGACUUUUCGAUAUUAUUGUUAUAACUAUGUUAACAUAUAAUUUAUGGAUUUUAUACGUCAGACAGUUGGUAGAGUAAAUAUCAUCGAAUAUCUGAAAUGGUUUAUGUUGAUAUAAAUAUUUUUCAACACAAUUAAUGUAUUAGAUUUAAUCACUGUUACAUUAUAUCAUGUUUCCCGUUUUCGUAAUCAGGUGAUUUAAUUUUCGUACUGUGCUGCGGGCUUCUAUGUGGAAACAUGUAAGUAGUAUGUAGCAGGGAUAGGAAAUGGAAUAAGCACCAGUGGAAGAUUGAAAUGGAAAGAACAGAAAGGAAAGCGGAGAGCAAUCGAAAUAACAAUAUAAUUAGAGGAAUGAUGGAGUAUAUAAAAGAUAAAUUAAAGAAGAUGCGCAAAUGAUGGAUUCAGUGUAUGAUUUUCAUAUUUUACGAAGGCACUGUAUGAUUUUGCGAAAACUAAUAAAUUGGCUUACCUUACCUGAGUUUUCGUUCACUAUAUUAGUAAUGAAAACUGUUGUUUACAGAGUUGGCGUAAAAAAUGAUAGGACUACCUUCGAUUCAUACCUCUUUUAGACAUUGUUCACAUGAUCAAACUACAUACCAAGUCAGGAGACAGAUGUGCAACAUAAUUCAGUUGCUAAUCUGUUUAGAAAAAAUUAAGACGAUUGAAAAAGAUUGUACAUGACUUUUUUACUGGGUUUUAAAAACAUUAAUCCAAUCACAUGUUCGUGGUUUGGAUUUGUGUAACCAAAUAUCCAAGAACAUAGUGUAAACAACUUAGAUUUACUUAACACAUGAACGAAGUAGAUUUUGAAAUAAAGAAAAUUCAUGUACAUGCGUAUCCAUUCAACAGUUUGUCCAAGAUCGUUGGAAUAACUAAUAGUGGCUAUGCAUGUUCUGCAUGCUAACUAAUCGUUGAAAUACAAUUAGGAUUCAUCUGAACUGAAAUUCAGAUUGUCUCACCUCAGUUUAUAUAAGUAGCAUAACUUCUAAAAGAAGUGUGUUGUUAUUUGUCAGAUUAUUAUCAAAUGCUUUCUCAUAAUGAAAAUUCUUCAUUUGUGCCAGUACACUGAGUAGUAAAGAAUCUGUAACUAGUAAUUAGUACAAGUAAAUCCAGAAAAACAAUUGAUAGUAUAGACGAAAAAAACAAAGCAAACCAGCAGGUUUCUGGCAGAUAUAAAUAGUCAGCGAUACUAGUUUGUUAUAUUUAGUCUGUAAAUAAUUUUCCAAUCAAAACCUUAAUACAUUUGAAAGUAUAUUACUUUUGUAAAUCUGAUUUAAUUAAUUCUCUCCAGAUGCUUCUUAGCAUUUAGGUUAUUUCGAUAUGAGUCAUAUGUAAAUACUGGAAAUAAUUGUAGAUUUAAUGAGAAUUGGCAAACACUGAGAAUAAGUUGGUAAACUAUGAAAGCUAAAUAACACAGUAAUAUAUUGCCAACAAAACAAAAUUAGAACACCACAUAAAAAAGGAAUAACUGUUUAUUGUUCUUAACUGAUAUUAUGUCAUUAUCAAUAUUAAUUUGUAAUUUCUACAAAGAUCUUGGUUCUAAAUAUCUUUUGAUAGAAUAUUCAUUUUACUUUACUUAUAAAUAAUUAAUCAUAUUUUAAUUCCCACAAUUUCUACUAACCUAGACUUUUUUCAUGUUUGUAUUGCCACUCAUUUUAUUCGCUACAUUCUUGCCAACUGGAUAGAAUUGUAAACUAAUAUAUAUUCAGUUAAUUUGUACCUUAACAAUGAAGGGGAAUCCCUAAAAUUAAUGAAUAAUUCAUAUUUCGUUACAAUUCUUGUCCUUACUCUGUCAAAUUUUAUUAAUAUAUAUAUAGAAAUGGGCAAAUGUUUUCUGAAAAUACCUCCUUUUCCAGUCUUUAAAGUCACUUAAUCGUACAUAGAUUAUCUGAUAUGAGUUGUCCUGAAAAAUUACAUGCUUUCAUGAAAAAUAUGUUUUUGGACAACCCUUCCACUCAUAUUAAGCACUAAAUACAAGCUAAUGAAUAUAUAAAUAAAGUGGAUUUAGAAGACAGAAAAAUGGUCAAAAUGUAUUUGAUGAAUUUAUUUAAUUUUGUAAGUAAAUCUGUAAUAACCAAGAAACAAAGUUUAGAUUGACUGAUUGAUUUACUCAUCUACAUGUAAUCAAGAAUCACGUGAAAAUUUCAUUCAUGGUUACUAGAACUGUAGAUAUUUUGACAAGAUGUUCUUUACAUAAUUAAAUUUAGUACGUAUAUUAACCAGUAAUUAUUGACUAAAAAUUACUAUUACUCAACAACAAAGGGAAACUAAAGAAAUUAGAAAAUCUUUAUAACUAAAGUUUAGUCUCUUGAUUAUUUGCUUAGUUCAACCGGAUGUUUUUCUCUUUAGUUCAUUUAAUUUCUAAUAAAGAUUUUAAUGAAUAUGAUAAAUUUAAAAUAAAUAAUAUCACCGCAUUUGACUGUGUUUAACAGAUCAUUUUACUAUAAACAAAACUGUUUCAGAUAGUUCUGUUUUUGUAAGCCACUGUGAACUGACUGAAGUUAAAUAUGAAAACUAUUAGAUACUGAUUCAUUGAUUCAAAAGUUCAUUACUCGCCUCGAGGCUUGAUGGUUGUAAUUGUGAUGGGUUAGUGGAUGAACUGUUCUAAGUCUUAUACUAUUGUUUAAUGCUCUUAGGUUUCAACCACUGUUUAGCUAGUCAGUCCGUGAUGUCGAACUUCAAAGAAUGUUCGAUUCGUGACAGUCUUCAUAGUUGUUCUUCAGUGUUAAUGAUUUAGUUCACUUUCAACUUCACAUAAAUCGUAAUUUUCUACUGAAAUGUUCAGAGUAGAGAUUAUACUGUUAUUUAAUUAUUUGUAUUUUAUAUAAUUUAUGAUAUUAUUACUAUUUGUUAAAGUGAUUUUUGACCAAUGAAAAAAAGGAAUCAUUUCUUAAAAUAAAAAUUGUCACACCUAUUCUCAUACUAUUUACUGGGUGAAAGUGAUGGAUAAUGGGUUACUUCAAAUUUGUACCUUAGGAGAUAUAAAAGUAAUAUAAAGUUGUUCUUUGAAAAUAAAUUUUUCCCCCAUUAAUUUACUAAGUAACGUGAAAAGUGGGCGGAUUUUAUGAGUUAAAAAACAGAACAAACGUUAAACUAACAUAAACAUGAUGAAAUUCUUUUUGUUGAGUCGAUGUGAAAUGAACCACGUGAGUUUAUACAUAGAAAAAAUGUCUACUAACUAUGAUAUGACCAUAGAGAUAGCUAAUGUAAUGUAACUUUUUGACUAAGUAUAACUUCGCUCACUCGACUUUGAGCCACUCUUUCAAUGCAUGAUCUAGUGCUACUAUACAGUUGCCCAAAUCAAACUAGGCGAAAUGGGGUUACGAAAUUGCAACUCAGUGAUUAAUAGUCUAGCUUUUUUAGCUACUGGGUUACUGCGCCAUCUGAAAAAAAUGAUAAGAGCUCAUUCUUUUUCUUAGAUGAUAAUUACUUGAUUACUGGAGUAAGAGGCUUAAGCAUAAAACAAAUCCGAUGUAUUUUUGUUGAGAGGUUUUGUAAAGAUUCUUUCAAUUUUUAGUUGAUUACCUGUUAUGGUAUGACAUUAAUCAGCAUGCCAUUGAAAACUAAAGAGCAGUAAACAUUUAUUUCAUUUUUGUAUGGAGGACGCCUCAGUGGCAUUUACCCAUCAAUCUCUAUUUUUCAGUAAAUGAUUUCUUGAAUUAUUAGUACAGGAUAAGAAAAACUAUAAUAAUAAUCCGUAGUAGAAAUGCAUUUUCCUUACUCGCAGUAUUAACUGUAUUUACAAAAAAGAAAAUAAUCUUUUCAUAUGUUUUAGGAAAGAAUGAUUCAUUUAAUCAUAUGCUGCUCUUUUGCCGCUGUACAUUUUUCGGUUUAUUGUUAUAUUUUGUAACAAAAGGUAUAUUUUUACGCCCGUUACCACCACAUUAUCUCCCAGCUUUAAGAUUAUUUCGGGGAACAUUUCUUCUUAUAUUCUUUCUUUGUUUAUUUGGUGUAAAUACAUAUGGAUGGCGUUCAUCUGGUGUAAAUAAUGUCCUUAUUUUUGAAUUGGAUCCAAGAACACAUUUAGAUCAUUUUCAAUUAUUACAGAUUUCAUUUUUCUUUGCUAUGAUUUGGGGAUGUGCGCUGAUUUAUUUCUUAUUUAGUGAAGUUUUACAUUCACCUGGUUAUGCAUCACCAUUGGUACUUGUUUCAUUCAUGACACUUUACCUAGUCAAUCCGUUUAGUUUUGCUCAUUCCAAAGCACGUCGUUGGUUAUUACGUGUAUUAGGACGAAUUAUCAGAGCACCAUUUGCAAAAGUGUCUUUCGCAGAUUUUUGGCUGGCAGAUCAACUAACUAGUCUAAGUUUUAUAUUUCCAGAUAUAGCUUAUUUUAUUUGUUUUUAUUCAUCACAAAUUGAUUGGGCUAAUGGAAUGAGUUACAAACCACAAAAUUCUUCUGUGACGUUACCUUCACUAGUUACGGGACAUAAUAGUCAAUAUUCUAAUUCAACACGUUUAACAAUUCCUUCUUGUGCUUCCCAUUCAAACGAAAUUAUAGCUAAUAGCUGUCAAUGUGAAGGUAUUCUUUUUGGUUUGGAUCCAAUUUUAAAGGUAUUACCGUCUUGGUUUCGAUUCGCUCAAUGUUUGAGGCGUUAUCGAGACAUGGAUGUUAAAAAAGCCAAUCCUCAUUUAUUGAACGCAGGGAAAUAUUCUACAGCAUUUCUAGUAUCUACUUGUGGUGUCUGGUUGGCAUUCGAUCGAGGUACUUGGCCAUUGGUAGCUUAUAUUAUAUCUAGUAUUAUACGAUCUGGUUAUACAUAUGCAUGGGAUAUUCUUAUGGAUUGGGGUUUAUUAGAUUGUCGGUCAGAAGAUAAACUAUUACGUGAUGAACUAGUCUACAGAUAUAGAGGUUAUUAUUUUUUUGCAAUCAUUGAAGAUUUUGUACUCCGUUUAACAUGGAUAGCUCGUCUAAGUUUUGAACGCGUUGGAUUUGCACGGAUGGAAAUUAUCACGACAAUAAUCUUGACAACUGAAGUUAUUCGACGUUUCAUAUGGAAUUUCUUUCGUUUGGAGAAUGAGCAUUUGAAUAAUUGCGGUCAAUUUAGAGCUGUUCGUGAUAUAUUUAUUACACCUCUACCUAAAAGGCCACCAAGAACAUCAUCAUUGACAACAUUUGGAAAUUCUAAUUCUCAUAGUGUAUUUAAUUCAAAGUUGGCUCGACCAAAUAUUCACUCGAAAUAUCCAGGGAAACCGGGUGGAUAUUCUCCGAAUGAUAGCCGAAGAAGUGUACCUGAUUUUACACGGGACAAAUCUUUUAAUUCACCACAUAAACUCAGUCAUUUUCAAGCAUCCGACUUAAGAUCUAGAAGAAUAUACGAUAUUACGGAAGCUGAGCACGAAAACUAUUUAACAGAAGUUAAAACCUCUAUGGAAGACAACGAUUUGUUUUCACAAGAGGAAAAACAGAGAAAUCCAUUUUAUCGAUUUUGGAAACGUAUAAGAUCGUUAGGAAAAAGUUCUUCUCAUUCGAAACAUAGUAAUCAUCAAGUUGACGCUAAUUACGAGUUGUCGAUCAAUGAAACCUCUGAUAACCUAAAUGAAAAUAAACCUACAUUUACCUUAUUUACUGAUGAUGCAGAUGACAAUAAUCUUCCAAAUACAUCUAACCAAUCAUUUUAUUCUAGAGAAGAGCAUUCUUCAUUAGAGAAAUCAAAUGAAAGUCCACCAGUAAAAUCGAAUUCUAACCAACCAACUGCUUCUAAGUCUCAGCCUUAUUCAAGGGAAAGACGUGUUCUUAUACUAAAUCAACAAACAGAUAAUGAAUCUGGGGAACCUUAUGAAAAGUGCAGGCUUGAUGUGAGUCACAAUAUAUAUUAGUGCAUAAUUUUCAUUUACUUCAUAGUAUAAAAGCUUCAUUCUAAAGACUGAAUAUUUCCAUGUUAUUUAAAAUAAAAUACAAGAUAUUUUAGCUUGUAGAAGGAUAACCAUUUUUGUCUCGUACUUCGUAAUUAAACCUUCAAUAAUCAACAAUAACAUGAGACGGAUAUUAGAUAUAUUAGGACAUUUUAUGUUCACUGAGACUAGGUAUAAACAAGGAAGUAAACCACUUUGUUAUAGUCUUAUAAUUUAAUUAAAUCUGAGGAUUUUUAUCUUACGACGAUAGUAUAUUUCUUCACCUACCCAUAUUCAUCUCUUAAUAUUCCAUUAGAUUAUCAAAUCUGGUUUGAAUUAUGGUCAGUAAAUUAAGUGACUUCUGAAAAAGUCCGUUGAAUAUACAUAUAAUUCUUUAUCGUAAACUUGGGUUAGGUGGAUACUUCGCCAGUGUACACUCACUUAAAUGUUUUUGAUCUCAUAGGGAGCAUAGUAUUUUCAGACUUAUAGGUUAGAAUCCAGCAAUUCGAUUUUCAGUUGAUUUAUUAGAUUUCUGAUCAUUUAUUUAACUUAGCGACCAUCACUAUAGUUAUUCAGGUGUUUUUUCUUUGACUUUACCUGAAAUCUCUAUUGAAUACUGGUAAAACUUUCUUUGUUACCAUAUUCCCAAUUGUAGUAAUAUGUUCUGCCCUGUUUAGAUAGAAUACACCUCUACUAAAGACAUGAUCCAGACAUAUCGAUUACAUAAAUAUUCACAGCACUUUCGUUUGGUGUUUAUCCAUAAGAUGUGAAAAUGUAUGAUUCUUAUGACACUAAAUUGAAGGAUUCUUACACAAUAUACGAACUAGUGAUAAAGAUGGAGUAAAUAUGUCCGAUAUAUGUUUCCCGUUAAUGAAAUUUUGAAAAUAAAAAGACUGAUCCAUAAAAAUUAUACGCAUAUCAUGGUCAAUGAUCAUAUGUAAUUAAUCUAACUGACUAGUCUCGAAUAGGAAGAAAUAUGUGGCCUGGAUUCCAGUGAUGUCUACUAAGUAACUUUAUCUAAAAUCACGUAAUUACUGUUUGUUUUUUCGUUGAAACUUUUCAUAAAACGGUAAGUAUUAAAUAUUUGUUAGUCAGUAAACUAGUUUACAGUGGUUAUGUAAGUAAUACUGCUUUAAUGGUUAUAAAAAUAACAAAAAAGCAGAACAUUAAAUAACUCAUUAUUUUGUUUAUUUGCUGAAUAUAAUUACACUUAUUUGAGGUAAAAUUCCACUAGUUAUUUAUAUUAAAAGUCAUUGAUCAUAAUAGGAGUUUGUUUUUUUGCCUAAUGGAAAAAGCAGCUCUGAAGGAAUGUUGUACUUUUCAGUGCUUGUUUUCCAAAUAACUUAUCUAUUAAUCAAGCGAAUUAUAACCCUGAACUCGUUUUAAAUAACUUGCAAUUCAUUGAUUAAAUAUCUAAAAUUAAAAAGUAAUACUUUUGCUUCGUUAUAGUGCAACGUAAUUUUAUUACAAUACAUUAUAGGAUCAUUUUUAUCGAGAGCCACUAAAAUCUUGGGUUGAAAAAUACUUUCCUUUCAGAAUCUAUUACAAUAAUACUCAAUGAAAGCUUCGUUGGAAAUAUUUUGAAAACGCAAUUCAAAGUUUUGUAAAAUAGUUCAUCUAUUUAUCAUACAAGUUCUAAAAUAACACUGACUAAUAUCGUGUUCGUCGUAAAAGUUGAAAGCCUUAGAUGUGUUUCUUAUAAUCUAAUAUAGCCAGAGUAUUCGAAAAACGAAACUAGUGUUUUUCUUUUUUGUACAGACACACUGAACCUGGCUCAUAUCGAUAUAAAGAGUCAGAUCGUACAUAUCGUUUAAACUUAAGUAAGCUAUCUUGAACAUUAGGUGGAUGAAAUAUAGAGUUUGUAAAGAUUUUCACUAAAGUCAUAGACAUAUUAGUUACUUAUUCAUUCAUCUUGUGAUUUGUUAAAUAGCAAAGAAUGUAAUACUAGGUAGUACUUGUGUUUUCUUAAUGAAUGACAGUUGUAGCAACAGUGAUACUUCAUCACCUAAAUAUACUUGUUUUUCUUCACAAAUAUAACUAAUUAAGGACAAAAUUUUGAUAGAAAUACGUCUGCACUAUCAUAUAAACCAUCAAAACACUGAUUACUGCUAUUUUCAAGUAGGACUGUAGAAAUGAAUCUGUAAUAUGGAAAUAUAGAUAUGUUUUUCAAGUGGUCAACUAGUACAAGCAGAAAUUGAUCCUUUUGAAGAAAAGCAUUACUUAUUUUACUACUGUAUGAAUUCUUUUCAUUUUAUUGAAAUCUGAUUCCUGUUUCAAAUGACAAUUGCUUCUUAGGCUUAGAAUUAUUAUUAUUAUUACUAUUAUUAUUAAUAUUACUAUCAAUGAGGUUAUUUAAACGGGUGAUUUGUGAUAAUAUAAUUGUUCACCGGUUAUUUCAUAGUUAACGUACUUGUCUAUAUUAUUCAAUCACUUUUACAAAGUUAUGGCAUUCACUUGAUGGCUUAAAUUAGAGUUAAACAGAAAAUCAAUCUUACACAUCUUUAGGUCUGACAAAUAGUUAAUUUUCCGAAGGUUUCAACUAGUUUAAACAGAGAAAUUCACAUUUACACAUUAUAUCGUCAUUAAAGGAUUCAUAGUUUGGUGCAUCUCAUAAUUCUUAAAUGGAUAAAAUGCAAUAAUAUUGAACAUUGGUUUAGUACUUCUCAUACUUAUUUGAAAAAUCCUGAACAUUCGAUCGAAUGGUCUUUACUUAGUAUUACUGGAUUCUUUGCUUUGAUAGAUUUUAAUCAUUGAGUGGUUGAACAGUUAGACUAUUUCCAAAGUAACGUUAUAAUCAUUGUUGAUCUUCAGUAAUUCAGAACGCAUGUACAAUUUCAUUGAAUAAAAAUGGUAGAUAUGUCAGUCUUGUUGACGUUAUUGUUUUUUAUCAUAUACGUCAAUGAUAAUGCUCAAUCCGUUCAUAGGCUUGUACUUCACUAUAAUUAAUCAAUCAAUUCCUACUGUUACUUUAUAGCCGGCUCAGGGGAUCAUAGAAGAU